GACACCUCUGUCACCAUGUGGUUCCUGGUUCUGUGCCUCGCCCUGUCCCUGGGGGGAACUGGUGCCGCACCCCCCAUCCAGUCCCGGAUUGUUGGAGGCCAAGAGUGUGAGAGGCAUUCCCAACCCUGGCAGGUGGCUCUGUACCAUUUCAGCAACCCCCAGUGUGGGGGCAUCCUGGUGUACCCCCAGUGGGUGCUCACAGCUGCCCACUGCAUCACCGAUUCUAACAAUUAUCAGCUCUGGCUGGGUCGCCACGACUUGUUUGAAGAUGAAGACACAGCCCAGUUCAUCCAUGUCAGUGAGAGCUUUCCACACCCCCAAUUCAACAUGAGCCUUCUGCAGAACCACACCAUCACCAAAGAUGAAGACUACAGCCAUGACAUCAUGCUGCUCCGCCUGAAGGAGCCCGCCCGGAUGACAGAGGCUGUGCAGACCCUGCCCCUGCCUACGCAGGAACCCGAAGAGGGGAGCAUCUGUUUGGCAUCUGGCUGGGGCAGCAUCGAACCAGAAAACUUUACAUACCCAGAUGAGCUCCAAUGUGUGGACCUCAAAAUCCUGCCUAAUGAUGUCUGUGUCAAAGCCCACAUCUCAAAGGUGACAGAUUGCAUGCUGUGUGCUGGGCACUUGGAAGGCGGCAAAGACACCUGCCAGGGUGACUCAGGGGGCCCGUUAGUCUGCAGUGGCGUGCUCCAAGGUAUCACGUCGUGGGGAUACAUCCCAUGUGGCAGCCCCAAUAAACCCGGGGUCUUUACCAAAGUGCUGAAGUAUAUUGACUGGAUUGAGAAAACCAUCGCAGACAACCCCUGA